UUUAUGAAGUGAAUGUCUUGAAAUCUUAUAAUUGAUACAAUAAAACAUAGCUAAAACCAUAAUAAUUUUAAAAACCUUGAAAUUUUAUAUAACUAUAAUUAAAUUGCAUCAAGAUUCACGAAGAGAGCUCAUUUUUUUUUUACACGAAGGGAAAAAGUGUACGGUAGGGAUUACUUCUCAAUUUUCAAAUUGAAUUGGAUUAUUAGACCCAAAAUGGUAAACUGGCAAGUCAAGACAAAAACACAAGGAACAAAUAAAAGAAAAAUGAUGUAAUAGUACUAUGCCUGGGGAUGAGCAUCUACACAAACCUUUCUCUCUCUAGUCUAUACUUGACCCACCACCAACUUUGCAAAAGCCAGUUUCCUGGAAGUACCCCCUUCUCAACAUGCUAGGCGCCUAAUAUGUUCAUGCACCCCCCUUUCCUUCUCUAUAUACAAAUAACAAGCAAAAGCUUGAACACAUUUCUCUUCUACUUCUACUGAUCUCUAAUGGGUAAGUGAUAAAAGAUGGAAGCAAUGAAUAGGUGUUCAUCUUCUAUAUCAUCAUCUGAUACAUCUUCUUCACAGUCAUCUUUCUCUGCAAGGGCUUCGAACAAAGCCGAGAAGAUCAAAGGUCCUUGGAGUACCGAGGAGGAUAGGAUUUUGACUCGCCUUGUUGCAAGAUAUGGACCUAGGAACUGGUCUUUGAUAAGCCGUUAUAUAAAGGGUCGAUCUGGGAAAUCUUGCAGGCUUAGAUGGUGUAACCAGCUCAGCCCCAAUGUUGAGCACCGUCCAUUUUCUCAUGCUGAGGAUGAGACCAUCUUGGCUGCUCAUGCUAGGCAUGGUAACAGGUGGGCCACCAUUGCUAGAUUGCUUCCAGGAAGGACUGAUAAUGCUGUGAAGAAUCAUUGGAACUCGACGUUGAAGAGGAGAGCAAGAGAAGGACAGCUUCAACAACAACAACAACAACAGCAGCAGCAGCUGCUGCUACACCAACAGGAACAGAUCAUACAGAGUCAUCAUCAGCAAAUGGUGGAUGGUGAUAGUGCAUUGGGAUCUGCGGGGCUGAUGAUGGAUGAGGAAGCGUUGACGGCGUUGACUCUUGCGCCGGCUGGUAGUGUUUUUGGUACUAAUGGAAGUGCAGUUGUGGCGGAGAGGAGGAGGAGAGAGGAUAGAGUGUCGGCCGGUCAGUUUUGGGAUGUGAUGAGAGAUGUGAUAGCAAGAGAAGUGAGAGAGUACAUGAGCUUAACAUUAUCAGCUGAAACAUCAGGGUUUCAUUAAGACCAAAAAGGAAAAUAUUGGCCAAGGCAAUAUGUUUUGUGUUUCCUGUUUUCAAUUUCUUUGGUGUUCAUUUGGUGAUCAUCUUUGUUUCUUUCUUUUUUUUUCUUUAAAUGCAAAAAACUUUGAAGAAAUGUAAGAUUUUAUGAAUGAAUGCCUGAGCUAGAGGCAUUAAACAAAAAUACUCUCCAAGAUAAUUCAGCCUGUCACCAGACGGGAAAACACAGAAAUAUUGGUUGCUGAAAAAUAGAAAAUUUUGGGGGAAAACUAUACUUGUUGUUUGAGGAUUAGAAUAAAAUAAAUAAAGAUCUUGU